AAGAACUCUUCGACAACAGACCAAAUAUUCAUUUCUAAGAAACAAAUACAAUGUUGUGUGUAAUUAUAUUUUUAAAAAAAGUAAAAUCUGAUAAGUGACGUUGCGGGGAGUUAGUGCGCACCCCCCCCUCCUCAUAAUGGAUUGUGAUCUCUUUCCGCCCGACUCCAGCAACAUGGCUUCCCAGUACUACCAGGAGAUGCAGGACAGCUUUAGAAACAACAAUAAGAGCCGGGAAUUCGCGGCUCACUCCGCCAAGGUGCACUCCGUCGCUUGGAGCUGCGACGGCAGGAGAUUGGCUUCGGGCUCCUUUGAUAAGACUGCCAGUGUGUUCGUGCUAGAGAAAGACCGGCUGGUGAAGGAGAACAACUAUAGAGGCCACGGGGACAGCGUGGAUCAGCUCUGCUGGCAUCCAACUAAUCCAGACAUCUUCGUCACAGCCUCGGGAGACAAAACUAUCCGCAUCUGGGACGUGCGGACUACAAAAUGCAUUGCGACAGUCAACACCAAAGGGGAGAACAUCAAUAUCUGCUGGAGCCCGGACGGACAGACCAUCGCUGUUGGGAACAAAGAUGACGUGGUGACCUUCAUUGAUGCCAAGAGCCACCGGUCCCGUGCAGAGGAGCAGUUCAAAUUCGAGGUGAACGAGAUCUCCUGGAACAACGACAAUGACAUGUUCUACCUGACCAAUGGCAACGGCUGCAUCAACAUCCUCAGCUACCCUGAACUGAAGCCCAUUCAGUCCAUUAAUGCCCAUCCUUCCAACUGUAUCUGUAUCAAGUUUGACCCAACUGGGAAGUACUUUGCUACAGGCAGUGCGGACGCCCUGGUCAGCCUGUGGAAUGUGGAAGAGCUGGUCUGUGUUCGCUGCUUCUCCAGGCUGGACUGGCCAGUAAGGACCCUGAGCUUCAGUCAUGAUGGGAAGAUGCUGGCCUCGGCAUCAGAGGACCACUUCAUAGACAUUGCGGAAGUGGAAACAGGUGAGAAGCUAUGGGAAGUGCAGUGCGAGUCCCCAACUUUCACAGUGGCCUGGCAUCCCAAGAAACCUCUGCUUGCAUAUGCCUGUGAUGACAAGGACGGGAAAUACGACAGCAACCGCGAGGCAGGCACCGUCAAGCUCUUUGGCCUGCCCAAUGACUCGUAGCCUGGGUGUUCUGGAUUUCUGUUGAAUAGUGGUGAACUUUUGUGCUCUUCAAAGGAGACAGAGAAUGGAAAAGCCUCUGGUAACCUAACACUGUGCUUUUAAAAUGUGUUGCCUGCGUUGUGACUCUCCUUGGAACCUUGAAAGUUUUUACUUAAUGUUCUGAGCUGCAAAGACAGAAAUUAGACGAUGACAGCAGUAGCUAAUUGAAACUGCAGUGAGCCAGAGAGCCAAAUGAUGAAACACCCAGGUCCCCCAAUUUUUGGGAGACAUUAAAAAUGCAUUUAGAAUAGCACAUACUUAAAAUCUGGGUGGGAGAUCACAAUAGGAACCUUGCAAAAGCUUUCCCAGGGUUUCCCAGACUCACUGUGUCCAGCAGGUGGCCCCCCUUUCUGCUUUUAAAUGUAGAACCUAGAAAAAGGGGAUUGUCACUUGGAUCCAUGCUUGGUCCACUGUUUGUUUUUUUUCCUGUAGUGGAAAGUAAAUUUUUUUUUAUAUAAGAUAAGAUAUAUAUAUAUCUUAUCUCAAUAAUAAAAGUGAUAAUGGGGCAAAAAAACACAAUGCACUGAUUUUCAGAUUUCUGCUACAUCUUAUGGUGGGGUUAACCUUACCUGUUUAUGGACUUUCCUUAUCCCAGCAUGGGGAAAUGAACUAUAAACAUGUUGACUUGAGUGAAUUACCCCGGCCCCCCUCUCCAGCAUGUUUUUUAUGUACAAUAUUUGUGUUUUAUUUCCUAUUGGUUUAACGAGAAGCCCCCCAGGUGAAAAUGCAAGCUGUAUUAAGCUUUACAGAAGAACAUUUAAUAAGAACCCCUCCCACUUUCCAGCAGUUUGAAUUGGAGCUUUGUGAUGUGUUUAGUUGGUGGACCCCAGAAUACUCUAAAGCUAAUUGAUAUAAAACUUUGGAUCAAAUGAAGAGGGAAAUGGAACAAAAGGGAGGAUCUUUUUUUAAAUAACACAGCAAAUAAAUUAAGCAUAAAUAUUUACUUCUCAUGGUGUGCUUUCCCUGUUUGCAGCCUGGUGCUUAUAAUCCAUGCAUUGUUUUCAGUAAAUUUGCUUCUAAUUGCUUGCAGUACUGAGUUAAGCACACUUCUAUUUUUGAUUUUUCUCUUCAUCUUUUGCUCUCCCAAACUAAUGCAAUGUCUAGUGGAGGGAUUUCUCAGGUUUGCUAAAAAACAUCUUCCUGUGUUCAUUUGAAAUGUUACAGGAGAUCACUGGCGUAUUGCCCUGUGCACUUUGUGCUGGGUUAACAUCAGUGCCUGAGUUGAGCAACAGAAACAAAACACUCUGUAUGCAGAAGGUUCACUUUCAGCAGAGACCUCAGUUACACACAUGCUGUAUGUAGGCCACAAAAGUAGGGUGCAACGGAGACAGAGAGAGUGCAGGGUGUGUUUCUGGUCUGUUAAUUAACUGAGUGACACAUCUUCUAGAGUGCAGCAUUCUGCUGGGGCAGCGUUUGUUAACCAAGCAGAGCAGGCGUCCUUGUUUGACUUGCUCAUCAGUGACAGAUUAGUGCUGCUUUUGCUGUUUAAACAGGAAGAUGGCGAUCCACCAGGCUCUGCAGUGACAGCUGUCUGAGCUCCAGGAACACUUCACUGCACAGCUUCCUGCACUAUCCAGGGGUUUGCACGCAUCCCUUAUACCUUAUUUACUUCACGUCAUUCAGAUUUGUAUGUAGUUUUUCUUUUAUGUUUUUCUUUUAGUUUUUAGAGUACUGGAUUCAAAAAGAAAGAAAGUGAAGCCAUUUUAACAACAAAAUUUUAUAGUAUCUAUUUAGGCAGAUACUGUAGUAAGCCCCAAACCCACUUCCUAAUCUCCACGCUGGGAUCAAACAGUCUGAAUGUGCACAAAUCUGAAGACUGAAUACCCAAACAUACCUUCAGUAUUGUUGGCUAAAAGACACCUGAUGAUCUUGACUAGUGGGGAUUAUGAGGAGUAGCAAAGCAAGGUAACUAUCUAACCAUGCUGCCUGAUGUCAAUGUUCCAUGCCAUAGCAAAAACAGUAGAAAAAAGAAUCAAAUACAGCCAUAUGAAAUAGGUACAUUUAAUCAUAAACAGCUCAUUUGCUCUGAUGGCAACUCCACAUUCUGUUCCAGAGCUUGUGUUAGUCUGAUAAGACCUCAGUGGUGCCUAUAUCAGUAUGGGCUGUCUGGCACAUGUCCACCUGUAUCAAAUGCAUACAGUGUUUUCAGCGGGCAUGUAUUUAGUGUCUUACUUUUCCAAGAAACAAAAAAAAGUCUAAUACAGCUUAAUGAUUGAAUGUGCUUCUUAUCCAGUUUGAAUUCUUCAGCGCUGGGCAGCAGUGCCUCUGUUAAAUGGGGUUUGUGCUGGUCGAGACUCGAUAAGGGCAGAAAAGUAAUUGUUUGGCCGGGCUGCUGUAUGAGAUUAGCACUGGAUUUCUGUGUGAGUGUGUGUGGAGUGGGGUUAUAUAUCAGAUUAAACAAAAACAGUAGCAGGAAAUAGUAUGACUUUCAGACAGCUGCAAGGCAGGCACACGGAAAAUAGCUCUUAAAGGUAUGCGUCUCCAAUCUAAUCCUGCAGUGCGAAUUAUUUUCACUUUGGACUUGAACUGUAAUUCAUUCUCUUGUUCAUUCACCUGUUUUAUCUGAAUAUUGCCUGUGCUGUACUCCUUACGGGCCUUCCACUUUUUUUUUCUUUCUUUGGUGCUUCCCACAGAAUUGAUCAUGGGUUUGCCCCUGCUGAGGGUGACUUGAAAAUGUCAGUGAUCUGAUUGGUUAGCAAUGUUCCCUAGGUGUGUGUACAUACAGACUACUGGAAUAUGGUGUCUCUGUUCUAAAUUCCAUAGAAUCAGCUGUGUGGUAUUUGCAAGUGAUCCACAAGGUCUGACAACUCCCAAAUACCUUUGAACUAACUAUAUGAUGCCCAUUUAGUUAAUAUAAGGCUGGGAACGGUAUCAAAAGAAAAAAGACAGAAAAUAGUAAUGAGAUUCACCCCUCCAUGUUAUGCAGUCAAGAUGAAUUAGCUUCUGAAUCUGUAAAAGGCAACUUUCAGAUAAUUGCCGCGUCGCAUUGGCAAAGGGUUCUUUAAUUGAUUUCAGCAUUUCUUUCAUGAGUGCCUUUGAUUUCUAGGCACCAUCGCUUAGGCGGGUGUCAAACACUUUUAUUCCUCUCCCCCACGCAGAGCCUGAGAAGGAGUAACGAGAUGAGACAACAGUUAGCAGCCAAGAGAAAUUAUUUGUUCGAACAAAUUGCUCCGUCCUGCAUUUUAAAUAUUCUGCUAAGCGUUAAAGCUAUUUCACCUUCACACAGACGAGCACGAACACAUUACACGUACGUGAAUAUAGACACAGAGAGGCUCAUGUGUCUGAAUACAGAAUAGCCCAAGGGAUAGGAGUUUAAGAGCAGUACUGGUAAAUCAGCACAGAGCAGGUUCACGUCUUAAAGGCAAUCCAUGACACACACAUGCAUUAUAUUUGAAUGGCAAUGCUACACAUGCACAGUUAGAUUAGUUCUUCAGAAAUAUACAGUACAGUGUUUCCAGAUUUCUUCAAGCAGGACCACACUGGUCAUUUGAAAAGCAGUGUUGAGCUAGGAGUCCCCUGGAGUCUCAGUUUAGUCUCCGCUCCCUGCUUCUUGUUGCGUCAGUGUUGUCAUGUUUAUCGUGCCUAAGCUGCUCAACAGCCUUGGUGUGGCUGUGCAUUAACUAGCUUGAUCAGCCAAGUUGUGGGACUAAUUAAAAGAUCUUCCAGGGGAGGCCAGCAGCUUAAUCCGAUUCUAAAGGAGCUGCUUCAAAGCGUCCAGAUCAAAAGGCAUCAGCUAUGAAGUAUUCAUGCUUAAUCACAUGCUGAGCAGCUUCCCAGCCUUGCACACAAGGAGCCUGGAGACCUGCGUUCCAAAUUCCAGGGUAAUGUUUAUACUGUUACAUGUUUCAUCCCUUUCUUUAACUUAAGUUGUAGGAAAGCCACAUGUGCUCAGGGUUCUUAGGCUGCUGGAUUCACUUCUUUGACAUUGAACCCUGUCCAUGUUAUCCCAAUGCCUGCACAGAGCUGCCCACAAACCAUGCUGUAGUGCUGGUAGAUGAUGCAAGUUAACCCAGAUUACCCCAAAACACACUGGGUGGGUAAUGUCUUAACAUAAACAUUUAAUUCACUAUAAAGAAAAAUCUGCUACAAUUUUUAUAUUUUCGUUAUCGGGGGAAAAAAAAAUCAUGCUUAUUUAUUUAAAAAAAA